AUGGCGACGGAGCCUGCGCGCACUGCUGCGGAGAAUGCAGUGCCGUCCGAGCCGACUAAGGAGCAAGUCCAAUUUGCACGCGCUGUACAUAUAACUCUAUCGCUGUGGCCUGCGCUACGCAAGGCUGUGCUGGAGGAAUGGGGCGGACACGAGUCGGAGGAGAAGCGCGACUAUUUGCUUUCGUUCUUGUGCGAUGAGUACGGCGACGGUGGAAAAGACACAAAACCCACGCCAGACGACGUCGCCGAUUUGAUUGAAGACUAUGUGAUGAAAGAAUACGACUGCGAGCUGGACGACGAGAGCGCCGACUGGGUUGCAGCGCAGAUCUGCAGCGCGCACAAAGCCGUGUUUGAGGAGGAGAAAGGCGAAGAGAUACUCUCGGAGCUGGAGAAGUAUUACACGGAGAUCACAAAACACAAACUCAAGCCCACACAAAAUGUAGGCUCCGGCAGCGAUUCGGACGACGAUGUCCUUGAGCACGGAGACGAGGCAGAUACAGCACGCACUCACACGGGCGCAGUCCAGAGAGAACACGCUCCACAGCCAGAGCCCAUUGUAGACGAGGACGGAUUCGAGACUGUCGUGUCUCGGCGCCGCCGCUAG